AUGGGAAGCCGACGUUUGCGGCUCGGUACACGCCGCGCAAUACUCCGCGUGCCAUUGCUAGACGACGCACUUUCGGAGACGCACCGCCGUCGAUCGGGUCGUGACAGAGAAUUCGUCGGCCGGCCGUCGGCGGAAUGCGAGCGAAACUAUAAUACAAAGCAACUCGCCAUGAACCCCGUCGUGUCGGCGAUUAACCCAAGCAACGCUAAUGAUUCGCCGAUCGGCGGAUCGAGUGGGCACGUCGAAAUAUCAGUGGCAAUAGGACAAGUGGAGAGCGCGCCGACCAAUUUGUGCGUCAGGACGUCAGAUCUCAAGGGCCUCGUUAAUGCUAAGCCUCCAAUUAGACUUAUCCCUAAU